CAAGUGAUGGAUAGCAAAAACCAAACCACCGUUUUGGAAUUUCUCCUCCUGGGCUUUUCGAGUCUGCCAGAGCACCAGGGGCUUCUCUUUGUGUUCUUCCUGUUUGUGUAUGUCUUGGGACUCUUUGGAAACUCUCUCAUCCUGCUGGCCAUCCUCUCAGACCCCCGUCUUCAAACGCCCAUGUAUUUCUUCCUGGCCAAUCUGUCGCUGGUAGACCUUUGUCUGCCUUCUGCCACUGUCCCCAAGAUGCUCUUCAACAUUGAAACCCAGACCCAGUCCAUCUCCUAUGCAGGCUGCCUGGCUCAGAUGUAUUUCUGUAUGAUGUUUGCCAACAUGGACACUUUCCUGCUCACAGUGAUGGCGUAUGACCGCUAUGUGGCCAUCUGCCACCCUCUGCAUUAUGCCUCCAGGAUGACCCGGCACCUCUGUGCCUCUCUAGUGGCUCUGCCUUGGGUUGCUGCUACCCUGAACCCUCUCUUGCACACGCUCCUGAUGGCCCAGCUGCACUUCUGCUCUGACAAUGUCAUCCACCAUUUCUUCUGCGAUGUCAAUGCUCUCCUGCUUCUCUCCUGCUCUGACACCAGUGUGAAUCAGUGGAUGGUGCUGGCUGCGGUGGGGCUGAUCUUUGUGGUCCCUUCUGUGUGCAUUCUGGCAUCCUAUAGUCUCAUUAUCUUUGCUGUGAUGAAAAUCCCUUCUGCCCAUGGAAAGCUCAAAGCGUUCUCCACCUGCGGAUCUCAUCUUUGUUUGGUCAUCCUCUUCUACGGAGCAAUCACAGGGAUCUACAUGUGCUCCUCUCCCAGCCACUCAAAUGAAGAGAGCUCAGUCACAGCAGUCAUUUUCAUGAUCCUGGUCCCUGUGUUGAAUCCCUUCGUUUAUAGUCUAAGAAACAAUGAACUGAAGGGGGCUUUGAGGAAGAUCCUAGGCCUGAACAAAAUCUCCCAACAAUAG